AUGGCAAGAGAACUCGAAAGCACAGGCUUACGUCGAACUGGGAUGUCUGAGUUGUGCAUGUCCGAAGUGUGUGGAGCAGCUCCUGUUGUUUGUGUCAAGUGCGUCCUGGAAACAGACACCAACUGUUCGGAUUGUUCUGUUCUACCGUUGGCGUCCAGUCUCCGCCGGUUCGCUUGGGGUAAAUGCAGAAGAAAAGCAGCAGCGAGUACAUUCCGCGUUUGUGCUGAAGAAGGUGGCGUUGAGGGUUGUCCUUGUGUGCCAGGACUGGGUGGAUCUGCCGUCAAGAGUGUGAUCACGAACAGAAAAGCCUCAGACACGUCGACAUUAGAACAGCCGCCUCAGCUUCGCAUGUGUCCAUGUCCCCUUGCCGGCCCGUCUCGUGAAGUCGCUCCACCGCCGCCCCCCCUGUUGAUGCCCCAUAAAUUUAUCCCGGCCGACCCUUAUCUACCCAGCAGAGCCUGUUGGAAGGGGGUGAGAACGAUGGUGGUUUGUGUUACCAGCCUCUGUAGUAAUGUGAUUUAUCUGUUUUGA